UCUUCUACUAUACACUAGUAGAUCCGAAACCCAAACAACAAACAAUGGGCUCUCUCCCUCCAUCUCUAGACUUCCCAUCUCCCAAAAUCUCUGAAACAACCCUCUUAAACCUUUUCAAAUCCCAACAAAACCACCUUAACUACUUUUUCCAACACCUUUCCUUGCCUCAAACCUUGUCUUUCACCCAAACCCUCCUCAAAUGUCGGGGUACAAUCUAUUUUACAGGUGUCGGUAAGUCCGGAUUCGUCGCCAACAAAAUCUCCCAGACAUUGAUCUCUCUCGGCAUCAAGUCCAGUUUUCUCAACCCUGUUGACGCCCUUCACGGCGAUAUCGGGAUCUUGAACGAUCAAGACGUUUUGGUUCUGUUUAGUAAGAGCGGAAACACGGAGGAGUUGUUGAGAGUCGUCCCGUGCGCCAAGGCUAAGGGUGCGUAUCUGGUGUCGGUGACUUCGGUUGAGGGUAAUGCGCUUGCGAAUGUUUGUGAUAUGAACGUGCAUUUGCCGGUUGAGAGGGAGUUGUGUCCGUUUGAUUUGGCGCCGGUUACGUCGACGGCCAUUCAGAUGGUGUUUGGGGACACGGUGGCGAUUGCUAUGAUGGGCGCUAGGAAUUUGAGCAAAGAAGAGUAUGCAGCUAAUCAUCCGGCUGGAAGGAUCGGAAAAAGCUUGAUUUUUAAGGUGAAAGAUGUGAUGAAGAAACAGGAUGAGCUUCCAGUUUGUAAAGAGGGAGAUAUGAUAAUGGAUCAGUUGGUGGAACUCACCAGUAAAGGAUGUGGGUGUCUGCUUGUUAUUGAUGAAAAUUAUCACCUGAUUGGGACAUUUACCGAUGGUGAUUUGCGGCGCACUCUCAAGGCUAGUGGAGAGGGCAUCUUUAAGCUCACUGUGGGUGAAAUGUGUAACAGGAACCCAAGAGCAAUAGGCCCAGAUGCAAUGGCAGUGGAAGCCAUGCAGAAGAUGGAAUCACCACCAUCUCCUGUACAAUUUUUGCCUGUGAUUAAUGACCAAAAUUUAUUGAUUGGAAUUAUCACUUUGCACGGAUUAGUUUCAGCUGGCCUUUGAUUUGUGUAGCAGCCUUCCUUGUGGGUAUUCUGAGUAUUAGCUGUGGCACGAUUCUUUGUUUCUGUUAAAAUUUUUAAUCACCCGAUUGGUUGGUUCUUUGUACUCCCCUUAGAGCUUUACUAUUAUGCUAUAAAUAACAAAUAGAUUAAAGGGAAAAUAUCAUUACAAAAGAAUUACAGGUCUAUGGAGAAAGUGUGUGAGUUUGUAUUCAUUAGAAACGAGAAACUGGUUUCUUUUUGGCUUACAAGAAUCAUUACUACA